AUGGAGACAAUUGUUAUUCUCGUGUGCUACAAUGGAAAAUGGGUCACCUCGAAGAAGAUGUGCAAAUACGAAGGGGGUGACUCAAAAGGCUUAAUAGUUCCAUGGACCAUCAAAUUUUCUGAACUGUUGGACCGUGUGCAUCAGAUUGGUAAUACAAACAGUAGGGAAGACAAGGGUCAUGCCGGGCAGACGAAAGAAGAUAAGAAUUCCCUCGCAAUGAGAGGGCACCAUUACAAGAAAGUGCUCAAGCUGCGGUUCCGCAGGCCACAAUAA